AUGGAGAUCAGGAGAGCCUUUGCUAGCUCCUCGAGACAGGGAAACCCCGGGGACAUACGUAACAAGAUGGAUUCGUUGGAAAAGACAGACCGAUUCUCCGUUGCCAUCAACCCUCGGGAAAUUGAACUGAGAGCGUUGGUGCAGACUGAUUGCAAAGAGAUGGAAAAGGCUCUUAAUGAUACCAACGAAAGCAAUCAUCAGCUGGGAGCUAGCCCUGAAAGUUUGUUGCAGAGAGUUAAUUCGCAGAAGAUGGCGUUUUCUCUGAAGAACUUCAUGGGAGAAGAUCAAUCUUUUUUCUUUGAGGUGGUCACCGACCUCUUCUCCGAAGACACAGGAGUCUCUCGUCCGGCGGAUUCCCUCUUUCACGCGGCCAUGGAAGAAUAUACUGAUGUUUUGGCCAUUAGACUCCUCGUUGCCAUCAGGAGGAGCCCGGAAAAGAUACGAAGAUUUCGUUGUUGCACUCUACUGAGGCGUCUUGUGGAAGGAAAAUGGUCCCACAUCCACCUUUCUUUUCAAGAAAGGUGCAAGGAAUUGUUAUUUCAGUUACUCAGGCGGGAACAAGAAUGGGACAUACUCAAAGGGCUGUGUGCAUGUGUGUCCAUCAUUGCCUCCUCCCAGCAGUGUGAAUGGCCAGAGUUGGUGGAUAUUAUGUUCGAAUGGCUAUCCCCCAAAGAAAAAUCGGUAGCAGGUAUCUUAUUCUCCCAAAUUAUUCCUAUUCCUAAAUGGUGGGAUACCUUUAGACCCGCAGCUGGCAAUUUAGGUCUAGCCUUCUACUCCAUGCUGAAGGAGGCAUCUGCAGAUAACAGAACCAAAACCGCAAUCGCGGGUGCUGCAGCAAAACUGAUGUUGCAUUUCCAUACUCCAAAUCAUUUAGAGUUGUUGGCCGCAGUGAUCAGCGUAUUUGGGGGCCCGGAUGUUGUUUAUGAUGAAGAUCUUGCGCUUAGUGCUCUUGAUGCACUUAAUAUCUUGGGUAGAGAAAAGGUAGAGCUGUUCACACCUCGUAUUAUGUCCUCCUUGGCAAAUGAAUGGUUUCCCCCGGAGAUGAAUAAUGAAUAUAUGAGACACCUGAUAGUGAAGUUAUUGAUCACGGUUGGUGAGGGCGGUGAUCAACAUCGUGAAAUGAUUCGGAAUUUUCCCAGUUAUGCAAUUGAGGAGUUAUUCACACAGUUGCUUCACGUGAUUUGGGUUGAGGAUGACAUUUCUUGGGAUGUUCAUGAAAUGGGUGCAGGCAAAAUGCCUAUGUCCUCUUCUGCUGACCAUAGUUUGAGGAGACUGGCAAUGGUACUGGGGCAAGAUCUAGUUGUGUCUUGUCUGGCUAACUUGCUCCCAAAUUACUUUAAUGACAAUGAUUGGAAAAAGCGUUACACUGGAGUUAUAUCCCUGGGUUUAAUUGCACCCAGCUUGAUCCCCUCAAAGACACAUGCAACAAUAGCAAUGUCAUCCUUCUGCCAGAAUGGUUGUUCAGAUAUAUUCAAACCAUACCUGGAUAAAAUGCAAAGGGGAUUGUGUGUGCUCUUGGAGACACCAGGAAAGACAAUAGAAGCAGCAUUGAGUGGGUUAGCCUCAUUAGCUGAGUCAGCCAAGGAUGAUUUUCGACCAUUCGGUGACACUGUUAUAGACAAGCUAAACAAUUUAAGAUCAAAGGAAGUUUCCAAUCGCAUGCUAGUUGCCAAAAUCCUACACUGCAUCACUGUGGUUGAACUGGCUGUUGGAAAAAGUGUAGUCCAUGUUGAAAAGACUUUUAUGGCUCUUCAAGCACAACUUGUAGGUGUUGAUACGGAUGAUGAAGUGAAAUGUGUUUUGUUACAGGGGGGAUUGCCAGCAACAAGGCAUUAUUGUGAGGAAGAUUUGGUUGGCCAUUGA